CCAUUUUAAACUGGUGAAGCUGGUUUGUCCAGUAGGGAAUGAACAUAUUUAAGUGUUAACAGGUUAUAUUCAUGCUAAAAUGGCAGCACUCUCAGUUGAAGGCUAUACAGGCAUUGAUCCGGUACUAGACCUGGGAACUACACUUCUCAAAAACUUCAUCUAUGUGCAGGUUUGUCGCAGUGGAGACUCUUUUAUUGCUGAAGUAACCCGAAGACAGCUGGGUGCCCUGGAGUUGAGUGACCCUCAUCAUAAACGUCUUCUACAGUGUUUGCAGAAAAUUUACGAUGAGUUGGAUGGAAAUGUAGGGCUGCAGAUGAUGUUGAACGACUCUGGUCUUCAACCCACUCAGGAAGUCUUUACAAAAGUUGCUCGCGAGAUUUUCUCAGAUGGAAAGUUCAACUGGGGCAGGGUGGUGGCACUUUUCUACUUUGCAUGUCGGCUUGUCACAAAGGCUAAUUCAACAAAGAAUCCUGAAAUCAUCAGAACCAUCAUCAACUGGACCAUGUCGUUCAUUCAGGAACAUGUGAUUAACUGGAUCAGGGAACAGGGUGGAUGGGAGGGAAUUCUCUCUAAAUCCGGCGCCCCCACAUGGCACAUCAUCGGGGUCCUAAUUGCAGGAAUUCUCGCCACUCUCCUGGUGAUUUGCAAAACUUGAAGGCACACAGAAAGUACAAGGAAUUGGAGGUUAUUCAGUUUAGCAAAAGAGAAAGAAAAGAGGGAAGAGACCAGAGGAAUGGAAAGUUUUUGACUAAAAAACUAAAAGGUGUUUUAAGAUCAUUCAUAUUCUAUUAUUUUUUCUAUAUUCGAUCAUAAAAGUGUUGGGUUAAGCCUCUCAAGCAUAAAUGUAGUGUUUGCAACUUUUGGUAAGGAAUACAAUACCGCAGUCGACCAAUCAAUCAGCAUUAUGGUAUUGUCCUAGUCUUCUCAGUACUAUAUUUUUAUUGGUUUUAAAUAAAAAACACUUUGCUACCUA